AUGAAGAGAAAUAGUAUUGAAUUACAAACGAAUCCAUCGUUGGUUAUUCUGAUGGCAGAGUUUGAAAAAGAGGGACUUCGUAUGAGUAAGCGUAUCUCAAAGUCGAAUCAGGGAUCGACUGCAGGGACACCAUUGUCUUUAACACCGCCAUUACAUUCGACACAACAACAACAACAACAUCUUCAUAUACCAGGUGGUACCACUCUACAUUCGCCACUCUCAAUGUCAUCAUCAUUGAUAGCACCACAGACAUCACCGUGGAUUCUUGGAUAUGCACUGGACGACAUGUCUCGUUUCGCCGAUGAAAUAGCAGUGCUGCCACAUUCGCUCGUUCCACUGCAUCCGUUCAUCGAUUCACAAUCACUCCAACUGAUAAUUCACUACUUCCAACCACUCAUCAUAAAGAAUAUACAGAAUCACAAUCAACAUACACAUCACAGAAGUAAUAGUACGAACGGCAGUACAGGCAGUGCAAACAACAGUCCAAAUAUCAAUUUCAACAUGGAGAAACUCACUAUUAUGCUUACAAGGUCAAUCAGUAGUUUCUCAAACAAACAUCAGCUACUGAGUAGACUUCAAUUGAAUCGUGAACAACUGGUAUGGAUUAUCUAUUUGAUGACCGAGCAUUUCUACCAUCGUUUCGAUAGCGGCAAUCCGAAUGGUGGUACUCAUUUGUCGGAACUCUCUAUUUCUGCAUCUUCUACUUUUAAUUCACUGUCGGCAUCUCCACUCAAUUUAGAAUCACCAUUACCACCAUUACAAUUGCAACAACAUUCACAAUCUCAACAACAAUCUCAACAACAUACACGUAAAACACAUUAUGAAAUAAUUAAUAGUUUACUGCCUAUUCAAUCACCAUUCAUAAGCGACGACGAUUACUCUGCCAUUCUCAAACCAACCGAGAAUUACAAUGAUAUUUCACAUAGUUUCUCUGAUAUUUCGAAAGCACUUGGUCAUCUACUUGAUUGGCUAGCCGAAUUGUUUGGAUUAUCCAAUGGAAACAGCAACAGCAACAACAGUAACACAACAACAACAACAAUUUCAACAUCUGCAUCAACAUCAUCUUCUACUUUAUCAGUAAACAAUAAUGGUGCUGGUGGAUCGUCAACGAAGCACAGAAGAACAAACAGUACAAUGACACCAUCUAGUUCAGUGGAUGCUCAACUGGCGGCAUACAACAGCUCAAUGACAGAGAUUCUCUCGAAACUCUUGUUGCGCGUAUAUAAUUUAGUGAAAGUAGGUGCUGUCGUACCUGUACAUCUGAGUGACGGUGUUAAAUUCCAUGGAUUCCUUCCAAUUCCUCAUCAUCUAAUCAAUUCAAUCGUUCACAAAUCAAAUGUUUCCGACCCGUAUUCAAGUAGUAUGAAUUGGUUCGAUAUUGCAUGUAGACAGCAACAACAACAAGUACAAGUUCAACAACAGGAUUUAGUUGCAGUAUUAAAACGUAGAUUAUUUAGAGAUUCACCAAUACACUUGGGUGAUGUUGAGAUCAUUACUGCUUCAGACUUUGCUCAGAGAGAACAACCAACAGCUACAGGACAACGUGCAAUCGAUAUAAGCGAGGAUUACUUUGAUCAGGAUUUAGAUUGCAAUUACGAUUUGAUUCCAAAUGAGGAUUUAAUGUUGUUCUAUGGUUACACUUUGGAUGACUAUGAUUAUAUUUGUUUGGAAUUCCCGGUGUACAAGACCGCAGAACAGUUGGAGCGUGACUUCCCCGACAAGGAUGAACUGGCGCGUGAGCAGCUGUUGGCCGCUGCCAAACUAAAGAUUCUUGGUGAGUUGGGAAUUGGAAUGUCGGCAUUCAAGACGCCUGGAAUCUACUGCGAGAUGAUCACACGUGACAAACCACUCGGUAUCAAUCUUCUAGAUGUCAGUCGUGUCGCCAAACUCCGUGAGUUCGAAGCGUAUUUCUACGAGCCUGGCCAGUGUGAAACAAUGAUUACCUAUCGUAAUGAACUGGAGGUUCUUGUCUACCAGAGUCAGAUACUCCAUCGCAUUCUAGACAGCAUUACCUCGCGUCUCAAAGCAAUGUUUCUGAGUGUAAGUUCCGAGUCGAACAUCCAGUUGCCAACGGAGCUGGAGCGUUACUACAAGAAUCAUCAGUCGAUUGUCGAGCGAUCACUCCAACAGCUGGCACAUCAAAAGAGUAAUCUAUGCAAGCCUGCCAAUCGUAUUACCAAUGGAUUCAUUCGUCCAUCGGAUGCAGUCUAUCGAAAGUUUGAGAAAUGGCUGGCUAGCGACGGUGUUCAAUGUCCGAAACUUCAAAUCGCCAACUUCCAGGAUAGUACAGGUCGUGGUAUUGUCACCACCAAAAAAGUCGAAGAAAAUGAAGUCAUCAUUAAAGUACCACGUAAAUUCCUUAUCAACGUUCAAGUUGCACGCGAACAUCCUAUACUCGGUCGAAUAUUCGAGGAAUUCUCUGGUCUCAACGACGAUACCAUCCUAUUCCUAUUCGUCAUCUACGAAAAAGAGAAUCCAAAUUCUUUCUGGAGACCAUUCUUUGAUACAUUACCAUCUUAUUUCCCAACAUCCAUUCAUUAUACUUCAACGGAAUUGUUAGAGUUGGAAGGUACAAAUUUAUUUGCAGAAACACUACAGGUUAAAGAGCAUCUUCAAUCGAUUAGAGAUAUGUUGUUCCCAGAGUUGUCAGAGCAAUAUCCAACGAUAUUCCCAGAGUCGUUGUUCAGUUGGGAGAACUUUUUGUGGGCGCGUUCCCUGUUUGACAGUCGUGCCAUUCAGUUGAAGAUCGACGAUAAGAUUACCAAUUGUUUGGUACCGAUGGCCGAUAUGAUCAAUCAUCAUCACAACGCCCAGAUAUCACAGCGAUUCUUUGACCAGACCGACCAGUGUUUCAAGAUGGUGUCGUGUUGUUCCGUCCCGCCAAACGCCCAGAUAUUCCUACACUACGGUGCACUUCAGAAUCGUGAGUUGGCACUCUACUAUGGAUUCGUAAUCCAAGAUAAUCCGUAUGAUAGUAUGUUGAUUGGAUUCGAUCUGCCAGACGAAGAUACACCGGAGAUCACCAAGAGCAAGCAAGAUCUACUCGCUGCCAAUCUGCUGUCGAUCGAUACACACUACCUCAGAAAGAGCAAUAUUCCACCCAAGGUUUUGGCAGCUCUGAGAGUGGCGUUGAUGACACCGGAAGAGUGUAAUCCAUACGUCGACAUCUGGAAUCCUAUCACUCGUAGAAACGAGGAGUCGAUGCUGCACACUCUCUACUCGACGGUAUUGAUGUUUUUGAAACAAUUCUCGUCGUCGUGGGAAGAAGACAAACAGCUAUGCGAACAAGUCACCUCCAGACAGAAAUCACUACUCUCAAAGAUUACCAAUAGUAAAGAAAGAGUGGAUCGUAGCGGUAGUAGUGGCGGUAGCAGUGGCGCCAGCGGUAACCAUCAAGAAAAUGAUGAUGAUGAUGAUCAACAUGAAGAUGACGAUGAUGCUAAUGAACAGCAAGAGGAUGAUGAUGAGCAACAAUCAUCGGAACAAAUGAAGAUUGUACUCCAAUACAGAAUUGAACAGAAGCAGAUAUUGACUGGUACUCUUCAGAAGAUCAUUGAACGUAUGACAGAAAUGGGUAUCGAGAUUCCAAAAUCACCAAGUGAAUAUUCUGACGAUGAACAAGAUUAUAACGAGGAUGAUCAAGAUGAUGAAGAUGAAGAUGAUGAUGAUGAGCAAUACUUUAGUGAUAGUGAGGAUACAAACUAA